UCUUCUUCCUGUGACUCGUGAGCGUUUCCGGAGGUCUUUGUUGAUGCGUUCUAUAUAAUUCCGGAGCACAGCCUGAGGUGAAUUUUCACCCUCUAACCAUUACAUCGACAGCAUGUCCCAGGCUCGAGUGACUGAUUUCUUCUCCCAGAGGAAAAAGGGAAACCACACGGCUUCACGGAAAUCAUCCAAGCAGAGAAGUGCUGUCGUCCAACGUGGAUCUUCGGUGAUUUCCUCAGACUUCACGGGUCCACCGUCAGGCUCUUCUGAUAGCAAAGGUGACUUCCCUUGUUCCGUCCAUGAAGAAUUUGUUCGAGUUAUUGACGAGGCAGUUGCGAUAGACAAUGGAGGAUCCUCAAGCAUUCAGAAACCCCCUCCCUGUAGUCCCAGGACCCCAAAGCGGACCUCCGCGGACAGUGAGUUUGACCUCGGAGCAGCCGUGUUUUCAACCACAGCUUCCCACAGCACGGCCAAAAAGAGACGGCAAACAGAGGCCAUCAGAGCCGAGACCACAGAGAAGGAGACCAAGAAGAAGGCUCGGAAGAAACUGGAUCUGCCCCAGGACACAGCACAGGUACUGUUCUAGGUCUGCUUUAACUGAAUCCUGUAAAUAUACGGACUUGGAGUACUAAAUGCUGUUUGUUUCCCAUGGUCAACUCAGUUUUUGUGUAUUACACCCAUGAUCACUCGUUGAUUUGUGUGCGUCCAGGCUGUCCUCCCAUCCCAGCCCACUGAGGUGACCCAGCAGCUCUCGGCCCCAGCAGCUCCUGAAUCCUGUCAGAACAGCUCUCCUCCACACACCAAAAGAACCCUGAGAAACGGGAGAAAGCAGGUUGGUGGUCAGGUAACACAAAGUGUUUGGGUGGGUUUAAGAAUAUGAUCUUUAUUCUCAGAGCACUGAGUAAUCAUUGUAGGCCUUAAUAAUCUGAUCAAACCAAGGCUUGAUUACAAUGGAGAACCUUAUCCUAGUAAGCUCCAUCACAGUGUUUUAUUAUGCAAAAGUUAGUUGGCUGUUUUGUCAUCUGUGUUAUUGUUCAGACACAAGUAAAUUUGGACUAUACUGUAACCACUAUAACGCGAAGCUUCAUUUUCUUGCUUCACACUUGUCCCUUUUCCAAUGAAUAUAUAAACUAAUCAGACAGGUCUGAUAGAAAACCCACUGAAACUGACAGUGAUGCCUUUUUGCAAUGCGGGAAAGCUACUGGGACCAUUCAUGGCAAGACUGACAUUGUCUAUUUUGCAGGUUUAGACAUCUCUAACUGUUGUGAGGGGGUAGGUACGCUAAAGAAGCAGUCACUGUUAUCCUUUAACAGCAAAUAUUUACUAUGGGGAUUAAAUUUAAGUUUAAAAGACAACAGGAGGUGAAGUUUCUGUCAAAUUGCACCACUUCAACAAGGACAGAAAAAAGUUAGCAACAAUGUAAAGGCUUCUACUUGUCAACAGUUUGUGCCAAAAUCAGCACAGACAUAAAGUUCCUAACAGGAGCUUUUAGUUUUUUUGUUGAGGAGAAACCAUAUUUCUUUUACCCAACAGUAUUUGUAAGACAGUGUGUAUUUGUUACUUACUACUGUUGCUCUGGAGUCAGCUGAUAUUUAUUUCUUCUAAAACCUGAUCUGAAAGUCAGUGUGAUUGGGAUUAUGUACAUCCAAAUGUAGUCUGUCUCAGUGGAGUUGCCGUAACUGUGUAUUACAUGUCAUGGAUCAGACUCCAUUCAGAUCAGGCAGUUCAUGUAGAGGUAGUAAUGAUAACUUUGGCAGAGAAGGAUGACAGGCUACCUAGGCUCCUUUGCCUGUUUAUUCAGCUUCUCUUUGAGGUUUUUUAAAUGAAAAAUGAUUUGUUUUGUUUGACAUUUUCUGCACCUUCUGAAAUAAUUGUUAAAACAUUUGAGCCUUUUCUCACCAUUUAAAGACGGCCUCAUAUUGUCCACAGUGAGCGGGUAUUUUUGUCUGCUAUUAUCCUGGAGAAUUUCUUGGCUGCACUUAAAUACUUGAGAUGCUUUUAAAAAAAAGUUUGAUCAAGGUUCUGAAUUCUUUUUAUAAAUCUUAGUGUAUUGUUGUAAUUUUGACACAAAAUAAAAAAAGGAAAUUGUAGAAAAGUCCCACGUGUUCAUUAAUACUGGAAGGCAGAUGAAUGAGGAGAUGGACACCUAUGAAGGAUAAAUCAACAUUUAGAGCUAGAAAAUAAUGUUUGCAUGAGAAAGCAAAUAAACUGCAGUGUUUUUGAGUUUUAACAACAAGCACUGAGCAGAAAAAAAGGUGCAAUAAAAAUUAAGUUUGUGUAUAUAACAUUGUAGAUAUUUAAGAAUUCUUGUCAGCAGAAUACACUCAUGGUUGUGGGUGUGGGUGUAAACAUUAAUGACAAUCAAAAUAAAAAAAAAAACACUGCCACAUUUAAUAUUGAUUUUCCUAAAUUAAUCUUCAUAUUAAUCUCCAUUCUUUAGGCUUUGUGCAAAGAUCACAUUGCAACACUUAACACUCGCCUCCAGAGGAUCAGGAAACACGCUGAGGUGGCCAGUGCUGCCUCAGAUGGCCCGUCCUCCCUCUCUGCAUCUCCAGCUGGCUCAGCACAAAAAAACACCUCCCCUCAAGCUUCCCACACCGCCACACUCCGAGCUACCGAAGCUAAGGCCCUAAAGCUCGCUGUGGCUCAAGCAAGUGAGCUGGCAGCCAAAGCUCUGAAGAGGAAGGAAGAAAGGGAGGCAGGGGAGAGCAAGCAGACUGAGAAUCAGGCACAAGAAUGGCAAGAAUAUCCUCAUAUCCAUAGAGAUCGUCACCAGUUUGCACAGACCUUUGCACUAACAACAACUUGUGUUUUCCUCUCCUGACCCAUAGUUCGGAGCAAGCAGCAUACCAGCGGUACCACACCCUUGCCCAGACGUUCCCUCCAGGCCUGUCUCUGCCGUACCAAUACAAAUUGCUGGCCGAAAUGUUCAGGAGUAUGGACACAGUGGUUGCCAUGCUGUACAACCGCUGUGAGACAGCUACCUUCACCAAAAUCAAACAGGGAGUUCAGGACAUGAUGCACAAGUAGGUGGAGGGAUGGAUGGACUUCUUUUAAGAUUUUAGUUGGGAGAACUGUUUGUUUCAGGUUCAUACCAAAGACCAGCAGCAGUGUAUUACCUUCUGGCACAGUUGAGCUAACUCUGGAAACUUGUUGACCUUAUUUCCAUUACUUUGUGGAGAAAAGUCAAGAGGAUUUAUGUGUUCCAACUUUGAGUGGAAAAUACAGUGAAACUCAUAAUUUUAACAGCAGGUCUUUUCCAUCAGGUUGAUAACCUGGAGUAGGAGCAGCUACACAGAUAUCUUUGAUAUAAAAACAGCAUAUGUGUCAUUAUAAAUAUUAAACUUCUGUCACAGACGCCGAUGUUAACAUCCACCUCUCUUUAUCUCAUCUGUGCAGACGCUUUGAGGAGAGCCAUGUGGGUCAAAUAAAGACGGUGUUUCCUGAGGCAUACACAUUCAGACAGGAGAAGAACAUCCCCACCUUUAACAACAGCAUUAAGACGGGCAGCUACCAGCUCACAUUGGAGCCGGUCCUUCACUCUGGUCAGUGUUUUGGAGACACAGCAGGUUCCUCUCAAAAUACUAUGUUUUAUCUUAUUGCAUCUCGGCUCAGUCCCCCGAGGUGCUCAUGAUAAUUUGUCCACAUGUUUGUUACUUAUGUACUGAUUUCUCUCACAUUGCUGUUUUUUUUUGGCCUCCUCAGACCAGAAUGAAGCCCGUCCUGUCCUAUCGGCCUCUCGUCUUCUCAACAGAAGGCACAUCUUCCACCAGAACAUGGUCUCAAUCGUCAAACAGCAUCACAAGGUUAGCAGCUGCUCUAUUUAGGUACAUUAAUUUAGAGGCAUAAUUUUUGAGAGAGUAUUUUCCUACAGUAAGAGACAGAACUUUGUACUUGUUUGACAGAAAAGUUGUUUUCUAACAGCCUCUCUGUCUCUCUGCAGGUCUUCCUGUCCUCUUUAGUUCCUCCAGUGUCUGUUCCUGAAGACAAACUUACUCGCUGGCAUCCUCGCUUCAAUGUGGACACUGUACCUGCUGUCCAGACCAGCUCAUUGCCUCAGCCCCCUCAAACCGAGAAACUGACCACAGCUCAGGAGGUGCUCGACAAGGCUCGCUCUAUGAUCACACCCAAGGUACGAGCCCUGCAUUCAUGUAGAGUCAGAAUGACCUGGGGCCUCAUUUAUAAAGCUUGAUUACGCACAAAACCUGGCUUGAAAGUGCUUACGCCACUUCUUACGCAAGAGUUGAGAUUUAUAAAAAAAAACUUGUGUAGGAAUGUGCGCAACUUUAAGCAAACUUCACACCUUGCUUACGCACUUUUUGGAGACAAUGGUAGCAAGGUGAGAACAAUUGGUUAAUGGAAAGCGUGCGUAUAAAAAGCCAUACAGUGACAGUCGUGCGCAAUGCAGCACAAGUUGUGACGUCUGCGAUUGUGCCAAAAAAAAAACAGAAUAAUAAUAAUGUAAAGUCUGUUCAGAGGGUGUUGUGAAGUCAGUUAUGGGGUGUGUGUUAUGAGGAGUUCAGGAUCCAAGUGGCCUGGGGCAUAAUAAGGAGCUGACUCAAAGAUCAUUUUACUGUGAAAGAAUAUUCUUAGAAGCCGACCUUCAGAUCAAAUGAAGACUUGGCUGAACACUGUCAUCUCUGCUAAAGUCUGGGUAUUUGUGUUUUCAGUUGGUAUUUUAACAGAUCCCAAAGGUCCUGUUGUUAUUGUCUUCCCUCUGAACCCAUAACACUUCUAAAACCUGUUCCAUGCUGCACCUUGUGGUUUCAUUGUAUUUGUUUUUCUGUUGGUCUAUGUCACAUUUGCUCAGCUCCUGCCUGUUUUGACAUCCCUCGCUAACUUCUGUGCUGUUUCCUCUACUGGUGAUCAGUCAAUAACCUUGUUCACUGAUGCUGUUGGUUGGUAAUGUUUAUGUCUGUUUCAAACUGGAUGAGGUGAAAUCAUAAAUGGUGUGUUGUAACCCUUCUGGGAUUUGUGAUCCUAGUGUGCCCUUUGCUUUGUCUAAGGCAGCUUGUACUGUUCUCAUACUCAGAUAGAGAAGGCCCUGGUCUCGAUGGCUCUGAGGACAGAAGAUAAAGCUGAAGAGAGGAAAGAUUCAACAUCUCCACAGAAGUCAGAAUUCGCUCAAACACAAGCUGCUCCUGCAGCCCUGAAAGGAGUUUCUCAGUCUUUGCUGGAAAGGGUAGGUACACCAGAUGGGGCUGCUAUUGGUUUGACUGAACUGUCUGGGGAAUGAAAGUGUGAAAACCAUAAUGUUGGUUCAAGCGCUUUUCCUUGUGACUUCUUUUGGUUUAGAUUAGAGCAAAGGAAGCCCAGAAGUUACAGGCAGCCAUGACUAGAAACUCUGUCCAGGAGGAGCGCCUGUUGAUGAUGUCACGGCUCCCUGAGCUGGCGAGGAUCCUCCGAAAUGUUUUUGUUUCAGAAAAGAAGCCUGCAUUGAUUAUGGAGGUGGCCUGCAACAGAAUGAUGGCCAGCUACAGAUCAGCUCUCAGCUCCGGUUGGUAUAGACAGAAUAGAGCAGUUUUUGACGUCCAGUCAGCCUCUUUGAUUUCUGUUCUGUCAUGAGCGGUCCAUGUAAAAACAUCUGUUCAAAAUAGUGUUUCAUAUAAUCAACAGGAGAAAUGGAGAAACAUAUCCGUCUGCUGGCAGAGGUGGUAGCUGAAUGGCUGACUAUUCAUCCAAUCAGGAAGGACUUCUACCUGAAGUUGAACAAGAACAUGGAGCUGAACAUUGUUCUGGACAAACUGAGCAACAGACUCAAAGAGGAGGAGAGACUGUGAAGGACUUCAGUGAUGACAUGAUGGUAGAGCGAUGUGGAUGUCCUUGAGCCUUCUCAAGUCUAUGCAACACACUCAACACUAUUUGGUUUAAACUUGACUUUAUAGUAAAGUUGAGAGUAGAGCAAUGCUGUCAGCAUUGAAAAACCUGGACUGAGCUGCCACAGAGGGGGCAACUGUGUGAUCUAAGAAAACCUCUGUAAUCACAGCUCAGCCAAGGGGCGAUAGUUUGUUUCACUUUUUAAUUUUUUCUAAAACGUUCUUGAUCUGCCCCUGAGGUCUGUGUGACCGAAUUUCUGUGAUGUAGAACUGUUGAAUGUUUACUUUUUAAGGUCACGAUUUAAUAAUGUCGAAAAAAUACAAGCAUUUUCAAGACCUUUCUGCGUCCGUAGUUUUUCAAACAUAAACGCCAGAAAACAAAGGCAGUGAUUGCAUCAGUUUACUGAAAGUAUCACUAAGUUUUCUGUACUGUAGUGACACAGAAGGAAAGAAGGUGUGAUCUGUGGCAAAGCAGUAGUUCAUGGAGGGAAAAAAACAUCACCUCAUGAGGAAACCUGUAUGAUUUUAACCUCAUUUAACUUUGCUUCAACAAUCUUAUCCUUUUGUUUUUUGCACUAAUACAACAUAGACUGUGAUACCAUCUCCAUAAUUUUGCAACCCUCUGGGGAAAAAUGUGAUCUUGAAAACUAAAGCUGAACAUUUACACAUGUAAACUCACAAGUAUGAGAUUUGUCACAAAUCCAUGAGAAAAACAACAACAUGCUAAUCCUGCAGGACUGAGGGUGAUGAUCUUAAAUACCUGUUUAUUAUGCCCUAGAAAAUGUAAUUCUUGCUUUGGGUUUGUGCAGACCACUUGGCCCAAAAUGACCACAGCUGGAAAUAAAACUUUAUAAGUGUGGAUUUUGUCUUGCUGAAUUUUUCUAUCACCCCAAAUUGCCACUUAUCUUCCCCAAAC